CAACCACUUCCAAGGAAGAACUACAAGCCUGUCGAGGUAGAGGGCUUCCUUCCGCAAUCUUCGAAUACUAACUUCUAGUCAGGUCGCGUGUGUUGCUGCUGUAUCUCAACUCCGGCUGCUAUGCAACUCAUUCGGGGGAACUUAGUUUGAAUUAGUACCACGUUCGUACCAAGGAUAAGAUUUGUUGGACCGUAGGUCCUUGGAAGUGAAACGUGCGGCUGGGGUGAGAGGCGCUUCGAAAGUGGAGCGUGGCAGCAGGGGGCUUUCUCUCAUUCCAAUCAGAUCGUCUGCAACGGGUGCUAACGUAGAAUAUGGCGGAACAUCACGGAUCCGUUUCCGAUAGCAAGCACAAAGCUUCUGCCGCGAAUGUUGGAGCUUCUUUCUCCGGGAAUGGACGGACAAGUCCUGUGGCGAACGUCAGUAGUGGCGCGGAAAGAGCUCUCUCCACUGGUUUAGCUCAGCCUGCGGGAUGGCAGUCUUUGCUCUCGUUCACUAUUCUGUUUCUGGCCUGGCUGGCUGGUUUCAGUGCAAGGCUCUUUGCUGUCAUCCGUUUUGAAAGCAUCAUUCACGAGUUUGACCCUUGGUUCAACUACCGAUCCACACACCACCUGACCAUCAAUGGCUUCUACGAGUUCCUCAACUGGUUUGAUGACCGGGCCUGGUACCCACUGGGUAGAAUAGUGGGGGGAACGGUGUAUCCAGGUCUAAUGGUGACUGCGGGUCUCAUCCACUAUGUCCUAAACCUGCUCCAUGUCACUGUGCACAUCAGAGAUGUGUGUGUGUUCCUGGCUCCUGUCUUCAGCGGCCUCACCUCCAUCUCCACCUUCCUGCUGACACGUGAGCUCUGGAACCAGGGGGCGGGGCUCCUGGCAGCGUGCUUUAUCGCCAUCGUCCCCGGUUACAUCUCUCGCUCCGUGGCAGGCUCCUUUGACAAUGAGGGCAUUGCCAUUUUCGCCCUACAGUUCACCUAUUAUUUAUGGGUGAAGUCAGUGAAGACGGGCUCCGUGUUCUGGGCGAUCGGCUGCUGUCUGUCUUAUUUCUACAUGGUUUCUGCGUGGGGAGGCUAUGUCUUCAUCAUCAACCUGAUCCCUCUCCACGUGUUUGUGUUGCUGCUUAUGCAGCGCUACAGCAGACGAGUUUACAUUGCCUAUAGCACAUUCUACAUCGUUGGUCUGGUGCUCUCCAUGCAGAUCCCUUUUGUGGGCUUCCAGCCAAUCAGAACCAGUGAACACAUGGCUGCCGCAGGUGUGUUUGCCCUCCUCCAGGCUUAUGCCUUCCUGCAGUACCUGAAAGACAGACUGACCAAACAGGAGUUCCAGACUCUGUUCUUCCUGGGGGUCUCUCUGGCUGCUGGGGCAGUCUUCCUGACGGUUAUUUACCUGACAUAUACAGGGCACAUCGCUCCAUGGAGUGGUCGAUUCUACUCACUGUGGGAUACAGGGUAUGCUAAGAUCCACAUCCCAAUCAUCGCGUCAGUCUCCGAGCACCAGCCGACCACCUGGGUGUCGUUCUUCUUCGACCUCCACAUCCUGGUCUGCACUUUCCCUGCCGGCCUCUGGUUCUGCAUCAAGAACAUCAACGACGAGAGAGUGUUUGUGGCUCUGUAUGCCAUCAGCGCGGUCUACUUUGCCGGGGUGAUGGUUCGGUUGAUGCUGACCCUGACCCCAGUGGUGUGCAUGCUGUCGGCCGUGGCCUUCUCCAGCGUCUUCCAACACUACCUGGGGGACGACAUGAAGCGAGAGAUUCCCGCCGUGGAGGACAACAGCGACGACGACGACAAGAGGAACUCUGGGAACCUCUACGAUAAGGCGGGGAAGGUGCGGAAGCACGUGUCGGAGCAGGACAAGGCGGAGGAGGGCCUGGGUCCUAACAUCAAGAGCAUCGUGACCAUGCUGAUGCUGAUGCUGCUCAUGAUGUUCGCCGUCCACUGCACCUGGGUCACCAGCAACGCCUACUCCAGUCCCAGCGUGGUGCUGGCCUCCUACAACAACGACGGGUCACGGAACAUUCUGGACGAUUUCCGCGAGGCGUACUACUGGCUGAGACAGAACACGGACGAGCACGCCAGGGUGAUGUCGUGGUGGGACUAUGGAUACCAGAUAGCGGGGAUGGCCAAUCGGACCACACUGGUGGACAACAACACGUGGAACAACAGCCACAUAGCCCUGGUGGGCAAGGCCAUGUCAUCAAAUGAGAGUGCGGCAUAUGAGAUCAUGAGGUCAUUGGAUGUGGACUAUGUGCUCAUCAUCUUCGGGGGCGUGAUUGGCUACUCCGGUGAUGACAUCAACAAGUUCCUCUGGAUGGUGCGGAUCGCUGAGGGGGAACACCCGAAGGAUAUCAGGGAAAGUGACUACUUCACCCCCCAGGGAGAGUUCAGGGUGGAUAAGGCAGGAUCUCCCAUACUGCUCAACUGUCUCAUGUACAAGAUGUCGUACUACCGCUUUGGAGAGAUGCAGUUGGACUUCCGGACACCCCCGGGUUUCGACCGAACCCGUAACGCUGAGAUCGGCAACAAGGACAUCAAGCUGAAGCACCUGGAGGAGGCGUUCACUUCCGAACACUGGCUGGUGCGGAUCUACAAGGUGAAGAAGGAGGAGAACCGGGCCCCGCUGGAUCACAGCCCCCGUAGUACCAUCACCAACAAACAGAAGUACACCUCCAAAAAGACGACAAAAAGGAAGCGUGGGCAUGUGAAGAACAAACUUGUCCUCAAGAAAGGCAAGAAACUGAACAACAAGAAAUCAGUUUAACCCAACAACAAACAUGGAGGCUACAGGAGAGAGAGAGAGAGAGAGAGAGAAGUUUAAAAAUCAUUCAAAACGCAACAAGCAAGUAAUCCACCAUUCAAGAAGAAGAAUGAACACCAACUAAUCGAUCAGUGGUCCGGAGAGAUCUGUUACCUGGACGACCAGGUCUGUGAUGUUCACCGUGGUAACAGGAGGUUCUAUGUUAACCCUUCUGUGACCUCUGUAAGAAGGAGGUAAUGUUGCCGGCUAGAUCCGAUGACCUCCGUCGGUUUGGUUUUGCCCUGAGAAACUGAACUUUGACCUUUUGACGACCUUUGACAUUUUUUUUUUUUUGUACUUGAAUGUUGCUGUGAGGCGAGAGAGGAGGAGCCUUUGUGAAGUUACAAUACCAGACCAGGGCAGUCAGGCAGCACUCUGUACCAAAUGUGGCGCCCUAUUCCCAAUACUGUGCACUACUUUUCUUCACAUCCCUGUUUGAAAGUAGUGCACUUCCGAGGGAAUAGGGUGUCAUUUCACCCAUUGCCAAUCCUAAUAACGUUGUCCCGAAUUGAAUCUAGCAAACAAUCAAUUAAUCAGACAAAGGAAACGUGACGAUAAAAUCAAGAAAAGCUCAAAGAACUUGGAAGCUGUCAGUGACACCAAAGACAUUCCAUACCAUUUCAGUGUGUGAACUAAUUCCACUGAACUUGUUACCUUUAAAUAGCAGCCGAGGAAAAGGGCUGGGCUGUUGAUGCAUUGAGAAUGAGGUCGGAGGGGUUGAAUGAGAGGUCCCUGAUGCCUGUUCAGUUAUACUGUAACUUGGUUAUUCAUUAGCACCUAAUACCCGUCUGUCUCAAUAGAUUCUGGAUUUAUCUGGAUUUAAGUCCAGUUUAAGUCAAGUCAAGCUGGUCUGCCAACCGGACUAAAUGUGUGUAUUUUUUUUCUUUCUUUUUUGCAUAAAGCAACGUGGCAAAUUUCACUGAUGGGUUAUCGUGAUGAUUUCGAACAAACAAAUAUUUUAAAUCAGUCAAUUUUACUGUUACAAUAAAAAACAGACCAGAAAAUAGGGUCUUCAUGGAGAGUUAUACCUAGUUUGUAUUUUUUAAGUAAUUUUGUUCUGAGAUUUGCCGGUCGAGGUGCUGUUGGUAUGACUGAACGAUGUGUUAGUCUGGGGUUUCCAAUAAACUGCACUGAAAUAGCCUACGAUGUAAUUAUUUUUAAUUGUUCCUAAUGCACUUUAGCCACAGUGAUAACUUUCCUUGUGCUCUUUUUUUCCUCUUCUGCUUUUAAAGGUAACAAAAAGAACACCUACUCUGGUAGAUAAUUAUAAUAAUAAAGUUAUUUUCCAGGGCUUCUCUACAUCCGUGUCUACUCUAAACCAGCCUGUCCCUCAUGAUGACUCGUCACCUUUUAUCAGUCAUCUUUGACCCUGGUUCUCACUUAACUUGACACCCAGCUGCUUGUUUCCGUUCAGGAAGUAGAACGCUAUGCUCGGUCUUAACAGCGUGCCAUUAGAAGCUGUAACGACAUAUAAAAGCCUUAACAGCUUACUUUAGACAACCAUAUCGAUGUUUCUUCGCUUGACAGAGUCCGAGACUCUGUCUUCGUUAAAAUUGGCUCUCCGCUCCCAAUGUGUUGCACUACUUUUGACUGGAGGGCUAUGGCAUACACACAUAGUAGAGUACGAGUAACGAAUAGGGUGCCAUUUGGGACUCAGACUCUCUUGGGUAUUUAUUAGUCAAUGAACGAUGGAGGCUUACGACAAACAGUGGCAUCCAAUCGUGAAUGAAUUGCAAAAACAAUGUUUCUUUCUGUUUUUUCCUGUCAAGGGUUAUUCCAUCAAUUGUAAUGAAAUGGAUGCUGGUGGGUGUGAGAAUGAAAUAUGCCUUUUUUUAAUUAAAGAGGUUGAAUUAACUUGGCUGCUGUUUGGGUCAUUUUGUCGUAAAUAAAAAAUGGACAUGUCGAUCA